AAACAAGUGAGACCGAUGGAGUAUAUACACCGUUUUGGAUUUGUAUGGACAUUGGGGCUAAAAGUCAAAGGGAACAAGUGUUUUCUGUAUUCACCACCAACCACCAACACAACACAGUCUCUUCAUCUUCAUCAUCAUUACUAUCAUAUGUCAUUUGAAAAUUAUGGGCGUGGCAGUGAUGCUAAGGGCAUUCACUUCUACCAAACUAUUCAACUUCCUCAGUUACAAGACCAAAACCUAAUGAUUCCAAGGAAUUUUGUAGAGAGAUAUUGGAAAGAUGUAUCAAAUCCAAUAUCUCUUAAACUUCCAAAUGGGUCUGAUUGCAAAAUGUGUUGGGUACAACAAGGUGAAGAUAUUUGGAUUCAGAAUUGGAAAAGGUUUGCACGGUCACUUAGAUGCGGAGAUCUUUUAGUUUUUCAAUACAAAGGAGGAUCAGAUUUUCAUGUCAUUAUAUUUGAUGAUAGUAAACUAGAAAUUGACUAUUCAAGUAUGAGGUACAAUGAUGACCAAGAAGAGGAAGAGAGUGAAAAUACUGAACAACCCCUCAAGAAAAAGAAAAUCAACUCAAAUGGUAGUGUUGUUACACCUCAAGGGACUAGCAUUGACAGGAGAAAAAUUAAUAUGAAUGCAAUCCAGCAAAAAGUUUCAGAGGCUAAUAGUUACAGCGGAGGUAUGGGUAAGACAGUUAAGAAAUGCGCUAAAACUAAAGAUGGGAAUGAGAGAAGCUGCACAAGUUCUAAUCCCAGUUUCACUCUCACAUUACCGCGAUCUUAUGUUGAAGGUGGAAAAAUAAGGCUGAGGAUACCUACUCAGUUUUCGAAAGAAUACAUGAAUGAGUUGUUGCAAAUGAAUGCAACCAUUAGAAGUGUUGGUGAGGACAGGACAUGGGACGUGAAGUUAAUCUUUGAUGAACGCAAGAGAAAUUUUGAAAUGAGAACUGGUUGGAAGUCAUUUUCACAAGAACAUAACUUGCAAAUUGGUGAUGUAUGUAAAUUUGAGAUGACUCAACGAAGACCACUUUCAUUCACAAUUACUAUUAACCGAGCUACAAAGGAACCAUGCCCGGAGCAGUUUCAAGGUUGUGGACAUGCAGAAAACCAACGUGUCCACGAAAAAUCAGAGACAACUCCGGUAAAAGAUAUGGAAUAUGUGGGCAAUUUUGAAGAAGGACUUUUAAGGAGCUGCGCCAAAACACAUGGUCUUAAGAAUUCUGAAAGUCCGAAUUUACACAAUACAUUCAAGGUUUUUGUAACAUCAUUAUUCAUGCUGGUCGUACCAAGUGAGUUCUUGAAGAAACACAAUAUUUCUAGUGGAAAUUCAGUGGAGUUGAAAGUAGGGGAAGGAACAUGGUUUGUAGAGGUGAGUUUUAAUCAACAUCUUGAUUAUGGAUGGUUCACUAAAGGUUGGCCAGAAUUUGUGAGAGAAUGCAAAGUAAAGAUUGGAGACACUUGUUUGUUUGAGAUUGUUGAUUUGGAAAAUCAUGUGUUCAAGGUUUCAGUUAUCCUAGAUGUUUAGUAGAACGUUUGUGUGUCGUCAUUUUGUAAUGAUCGAUGUAUAUGUUAUAUUUCAUAUAAACUUUAAUACAAUCACACGAGUUUGUUUGAGAUGAUUGAUGAACAAAAACAUGUGUUCAAGGUUUCAAUUAGAAGAACAUUGAUGUGUCUUGUUUAUUUUCAACUGGUGUUGUUUUAGAGCUUGUAACACUCUCAGUUCAUUUUGUAAUUAUUUCUAUCUCACUUCAUUUAUAAAUCGAUGAAUUAUAUAUAA